GUUUGGAGAGGUGAGACCGGCACUCAGCUGGAGAGUCGUAACAGGAGAUGAUCGGUUGUUGAACAGGUUACCAUAACUUUACCAAUUCAUCAGCUUUUGGAGCUAUGACUUGUGUUUACCCUCGGCUUGUCUCAUCGCCUUACGACCACAACAUGUUCAGUCUAGAGCCUUCAGAAUUUAUGUCUCGGAUUUCACCAGACACGUGCAGCCCCCAAGACCCCAUCUCCUCUCCGUGUUUACCUGCUAUCAGCUCCUUGAUGCAACCUGACUUUGAGACCUACUCAUGCCAGUUCACCACCAGUUCUGCCCCUGCCCCUCUAAAUGCCCCAUCAGUCAGCGAUACCCCAUUUAAACUAGAGGAUCUUAAGGUUUUUGGAUGCUACCCUGGUGUUCCUGUGGGUUAUCCCAAAGAAGCAAUGUCUCCAGUUGGUUCUGACUAUUACAGUAGCCCUGCCUCCACUUCGACCCCUUCUACGCCAGGUUAUUUAACCCAGUCGGUCUCGUUUUGGGAUUCAGCAUUUGACCCAUACUCACCCACUCCGGGAUACUGGGGGGUAGAAGACACUGCAACAUCGCACACACCUUCAUUUUUCUCUUUCACUCCGGAGUCAAUAGAGCAGUUUUCCCCAAAUUUCGGACAAUCCCAUCACAAUAUUCAAGAUCGUGAGGCGUUUUGUUUACCCCAUCCUCACGGUGUUUCUAUGACAUAUCCUGCUAUGGCAAUGGAGCACUGUAACUUGGAUGGUACCGAACAACAAGAAGAAAGCUCCUCUCCCAAAGUGAAAAACCCAAAUGAAGGUUCGUGUGCAGUUUGUGGAGACAAUGCUUCCUGUCAACAUUAUGGAGUACGCACCUGUGAAGGAUGCAAAGGUUUUUUCAAGAGGACCGUACAGAAAAACUCCAAAUACGUGUGUUUGGCCAAUAAGGACUGCCCCGUGGACAAGAGGAGGAGAAACCGCUGCCAAUUCUGUCGCUUUCAGAAGUGCCUCACUGUGGGGAUGGUUAAAGAAGUGGUGAGGACAGACAGUUUAAAAGGUCGCAGAGGUCGGCUUCCUUCAAAGCCUAAAGUGGUCCCGGACCCCCCUGUGGCUCCCUCUCCCGUGAACAUGAUCGCGUCACUCGUCAGAGCACACAUUGACUCUAACCCCAGCAUCGGAAAACUGGACCAUUCCAAGUAUGAUGACAGCGACACAGCGCCCCCUACCAAAGCAGAGGCCAAACAUGUGCAGCAGUUCUACACCCUCCUAAGCUCAUCUCUGGAGGCGAUUCAAACCUGGGCUCAAAGAAUCCCGGGAUUCACUGAGUUCUGCCCGGAAGACCAAGAGCUGCUCCUGGAGUCCGCCUUCGUAGAGCUCUUCAUCCUGCGCCUAGCCUUUCGGUCAAACCCAGACUUGGGGAAGUUGGUGUUCUGCAAUGGACUGGUGCUUCAUAAAACGCAGUGUGUUGCAGCGUUUGGAGACUGGAUCGAAUCUAUCCUUGAAUUUUCCCAAAGUCUUAAUCGUAUGAAGCUGGAUGUCUCUUCUUUCUCCUGUCUUGCAGCCCUCGUCCUCAUCACUGAUCGACUUGGGUUGAGGGACUCAAAGCGAAUGGAGGACUUACAGAACCAGUUGAUCAGUUGCCUCAAAGAUCACCUCUCUACCUGUGGACUUUCCCUGCCUCCUGGACACCUGUCACGGUUGCUAGGGAAACUGCCCGAGCUCAGGACUCUCUGUACUCAGGGACUUCAGCGAAUCUUUUACCUCAAACUUGAAGAUCUGGUCCCUCCUCCUCCGAUCAUCGAGAAAAUCUUCAUGGACACACUUCCUUUUUAAAGCCCCACUGUGUAACUUUUUAAGCCAAGAAAUAGACUUGAAUAAAAGCAUGUUUUUUUCAUACUUUUUAAUGUUCUUAUUGCACUGAAAACAUAGAAAAACAUGCAUCCUUAUUCUGAAUGGGCUUGCAUCUCCACAACCCUGACUCUUACUUAGACUGAAGGAAAGCCUCCUCGUGCUUGUCUCCAUGGAAAUGUCAUUGCUUUGGCUACAAUAUUCAACAGUGUGGCAUAAAACUCACCUAUCUUCAUGGAGAAUGUGCCAAAGUAUGGUUUUAUGGUUGGAAUGAUGCAGAUGACGCGCAAACUCCUGAAAGUUAAAAUGUUGCUUUAAGAGACGAUAAAAAUAAAGAACAAAGGACAAAUCGAACACAUAAAGACUGAACCUUUUCAACCAAAUGAACUGGAGAAUACUGUAAAACAGUAAAACAUGACUGAUAUGUCGUGGACACUGUGAAUGUACUGAAGCAGCCUGUGGAGAUUUGUCCAGUAACACAUGAAUGCCUCAAAACAACAGCUUUUCUGAUGCAAAGGCACGACCUAGGCCUUCUGACUGUAGGGGGCUUGAACCACCGUUACCUUCCCCUGACCUUUCCCUGACCCCGCCCUGAUGGUGCUCUGUGUGUUUACUGUAUGGUGGUAAAAUGUAUGAACUUGGCCUGUCAUGGGAAAAUAGUUGUAGUACAGUAGUAUAAAACGGUAGAUGCUUCUUAAAGGGCCCAUAUUACACUGUUUUCAUAUCUGUAAGGUAAUAUUGUUGUUUCUUUGUCACAAACAUACCUGUAGUUGUGUUUUGUUUCAUUUACACUUUUACUUCUACUAAACAAAAAGGUAGCUAUAACUUGAAAACUACCGCUUCAUGACAUCAGAAUUUGGAACAGCUCAACAUUUUGAGUUUAGGAGAUGUAGAUAGAUUAAUGAUAGGGUUAUUCAAACAUGUGAAUGAAACAAACCAUAACUCCAAGUAUAUUUUUGAUGAAAUAACAACAUUAUAAUAUGACUUAAAGCUCCCAAGAGUCUUUUUGUGUAAUGUAGGACCAUUAAAAUAAGUGACUCUAUAACUCAGAUGUUGACCCCUAAAAAUGUGUAAAAUCUCUCAGUCGUCCAGGUAGAAUCCAUGGCAAAAGGAGAAAUUCAAUUUGACUGAUGAAGACUACAGUGAGCACUACAUUGGAGAAACUAAACAGCCACUUCACAAGAGGAUGUACCAACACAGACGAGAGAGCAGCAGUGGACCUCACUCUGCUGUUCAUCUCCAACUAGUGAGGUACAGAUCUUAGCCAGAGAAAAGAACUGGUUUGAGAGGGGAAUUAAAGAGGCUAUUUUUGUUAGGAAAGAUAAUCCAUCUUUAAACAGAAAUGUAGGACUCAGACACCAUCUAGCGCCUAUUUACAACUCCAUAGAGUAGGCAGAUAUAAGGAAGUGUCCACCAGCCUUUUGACCAGAACUGAAGAAGCAGCUUGGAUGAGCUGCGAAAUUUAUUCGACCAAAUAAACUUUUGUCCAGUUGACAAAUUGAAUUUCUCCUUUUGCCAUGACCCCUAAAAUGUAAUCUUGUAAUUACUGCAACAGGCCUAGUAUGAACUGCGUCCUUUUGUUUUACUGUAUCAUGAAAUGAGCAGCUAAUUGACUCAUAUCAGGUGGAUUCACUGAUGCGUUUGUGAAUAUGUUUAUUAAUGUUUUUGCACAAUGUAAAUGUUUCUACAUUUUUAACUGAAAAUAAACGUUUAAUCACACUUGA